AGUCCCGGACUCCAGCCCCCCGUCCCCUCACCCCCGGACUCCCAGCCACCCGUCCCCUCACCCCCAGACUCCAGCCCUGGGGGGAGAGAGCUCCCUCCUGGGGAGGGCUCCUGCCCCCACCGAGCGGGCCCGUUGGUUGAUCUGGAAGGUGUAGAAGCUGUGGGGACCCCUGGGCCAGGGCUGGAAGUGGCGGUGGGGGGUCGUGGUGGGGGGCUGUGACGUAGCAGCUUAGCUUCCGGGCCUGGGCCCUUCCAAGUCUUCGGGAACGCGCCCUCCUGGGGGUCCCUGGCCCAUUCCUCCCAGGCGGCAUCUCCAUAUUAGCACAUUUGCACUUCCGGCCUCACCCCCAAAGCCUCCCUUCCCUCGGCUGGUGUCCACUCCCCACCCCUGCCGUCUGUCCGGACGUCAGGUGCUCCCGGAGGCACCGGCCCCCUCGUCACGCGUCUGCGUGCAGGGACCUUCCCCUUUCGGACGCAGUGCCGUGUGUGGGGCUUAGGGUCGGGCCGGCUCGGUGUCCCCGUCUGCAGAUCCCGGGGCCCUCACCGGGCUGGAUGUAGUGUCGGGCCUCGUGGGCGCUGAGCGGCAGCACCGUGGGCAGGCCCGCCCUGGAGCGGACGUCUUCCAUGAGCAGAAAUCGGCCGGUGAUGUAGAUGUUGUCGAAACCGAGCCGGUUCAGGUAACGGUACCGGUAACACAGGGCUCUGGGGGAGUGUCCGCGAGGCCCCUCAGCACCCCAGCCCAGACUCCGCUGGGCGCCGCCCUCCCGCCCUGCACCGCGGCCCCCCGACCCCGGCCCCCCUGAAGGCCGCCGGAGCCCCCCAGCCCCUCACUGGAGGUAGAGCAGUGGGAGCAGCAGGGGCGCGGUGUAGCCCAUCAGGGCCAGGGCCUCUCGGACGCGGUGCAGCUUCACGCCGACGGCUUCCUGCAGGUCCAGGGCCACCUGGGACAGGCUCCGGGAGGCGUUGAGAUCCACAGAGAAGUGGUGGGUGGCCGUGACGUUGAACUCAAACUCCUGACGCACCCGGUUGAUCAAGUGCCUCACAGCUGGGGCCGGCAGGUGCCGCAGGGCCGUGAGCCAGGAGUCGGGAGACCAGGGCCCGGCAUGGCUCGCGGGCCAGCCGGGCCCCCGCGCUGGGACCCAGUGUGGACUGGGGAGGGGCCUCCGCAGUCCGUGCUGUCCCCGUGGCAGCCUGACUCCAGUGCCACCCGAUGCCCUGGGGUGGGGGGGGGGGGCCCUGAUCCCCUCCCGGGUCCUGCUCUGACGUGCAGCUUGGGGUGGUGCACCUCUCUCUUGCUGGGCCUCCCUUUCCUGGGUAACUUCCUGGGGUCCUUUCCUUCCGGCCCCUGCGUUCUCAUUCUGGGCCAGGAGCGGGCCCGAGCAAGGAGGGGACUGCCCCAGGAGCAGGGGGCAGGGGGGACACUCACGGGGGCCAAUGGUCUUGCGCAAGAAGGGCUGGAUGUACGCGGGGAUGAUGCAGAACACCUGGACCACUGAGACCCGGAGACUGAGUGGGGGUUGGGGGGGAAGACGCGCGGCCCCUCCCCCUCGGGGACCGACUGCGCACAGAGGCCUCUGGCUUCCCACCUUUCCUACUGACCUCCAGGCUGGUCCCCCCUGGCUCCUCCCGCCCCCUCCCGCCCCGCCUCCCCCGGCGGCAAGCCCGGGCUCUCUCUCACCGCUGGCCAGUCCGCACAGCACCAGCUUGAAGGGCGUGAGCACGAAACACAGGUGAUAGGCUCGCGGUACAGUCUUCAUGCAGCUGUCCUUGGCGCCGUCGAAGACCCGCGCGCACUUCACACACGCGAAUGUGCUGACCUACGUGCUUCACGCCGUCCAUGAUCGACCGAAAGAACUUGCGAACCCGGUCAGCCACCUCUUUGGCCUUCUGGGCAAUGGCCUUAAUCUUGUUCAGGGCACCUGAGAGGCAGGGGCAGGGGCACUGUGGGGCGGCCCUCACCACCGGCCCCCGGUAGGGAGCGGGCGGGAGGCGGGUCUGGGAAUCCGGGUGGAGUCGCCCAGUGAGUGAGGUCAGGGGUCUAACUGGGCGCCCCGAAGUCAGGGCCCCAGCGGAGAGGAGCGGAGCCAGAGACACAAGACGAGGGGCCGCGGGGGGCCUUACUGACGAGGGGCCGCUUGGCCCGUUCCAGCGCUUCGGCGGUCUGGUUCAGGGCCAGCUCUGCCCCGCAGGCCACGGCCUUGCUGGCCUGAGUGAAGUUGUGCAGGGUGUUGGCACAAGGCCCUUGCAGCACCAGCCCAAAGGCAGCCACCAUCAACAGGGCCCGGCCCUGCUCUGGGGGAGACGGCUCCAUCAGAAACAGGACUCCAGCCUUGCAGGCGGCAGCAUCUGCAAGCCUCUCAAGGAAGCCUCCAGAAUAUUUCCCUCGAGCCUCCCCCUCCCCCAGGAUCCCUCCUGCCCCUUCCCCCGGGGGCCUCGCUCACUGGAGAAGGCCUGGGGCAGCAGCAGGAGGACGGUGACCCGGACCUGGCGGGAGAAGCCCAUGCCCAGGCCGAGGAAGGCGGCCAGAGUGAGGGUGCCCACGAGGCAGGCCCAGGGGCUGUGUUCUUCCACCAGCAGCUCCAGGAGCCCAUAGGCCGUGGCCAAGGACAAGCCCAGGGCGAAACCCCCCACGCUGCGGACCACGGCCCGCGACAUGCUCGGCUCCUCGGCCCCCACGGGGGCCAUGGCCGUCGGGUCCAAACGUGUGCCUGUUUCCAGGAGACGCCCACGGGGUUCUGGGGCUCUUCGGGGCUCCCGGAAUCCCUCCCCACAUUCUAAGGUUCCGAGGCUUGUACCACACCUGUGCUGGAGGGCCUUACCCAGCUGCAGGGCUGGGGAGGAGGAGGGAGGUCUCGGAUCUCCUGUCCCAAGUCUCAGAGCAGAGGGGCGAGGGACACAGGCCAGACAGGCUGUGGGCGCGGCAGAGGGGCCGGAGCGGAGGGGCCAGAGCGGGGGACACCUGUGGGACGAGAGCGGGUGCAGACUCAUGGUCAUCGCACCUCAUCGGGAUGGGGCCACAGGGCAGAGGAAGCUCCCCCACACCACCGUGCAGAGGCUCCUGAACUGGGGGCUGCCGGCCCCCUGUGGCCGUUUCCUGCGGCGCCAGCCCGGAGAGUUUCCGGUCACUGCUUUCCUGCUGGGGGCAGGCACUGGAGGGCUCCUGGCCAUGGGUCUCUUUCAGCUCCUGGUGAACCCCAUGAACAUCUAUGAGGAUCAGAAGGUGGUGACAUUGUACAGCCUGGUGGGCUUGGGGGCCGUGGGCUGGGGGACCUCCCCUCACAUCCGCUGUGCCAGCCUCCUGCUGGUACCCAAGAUGCUGGGCAAAGAGGGCAGGCUCUUUGUGCUGGGGUACGCCUUGGCUGCCAUCUAUGAGGGACCCGCGGCCAAUCUGCGGCACAACCUCAACGAGGUGGUGGCCUCGCUGGGCUGCACAGUGGAGCUGCAGAUCAACAACACGAGAGCGGCCUGGCGCGUCUCCACAGCCCCACUGCGAGCGGUGUUCAAGGGCCUGCUGGGCAGCAAAGUUUCACUGAAAGCCGAGACGCAGAACCUCUCCAAGGCCUUCGAGGACCUGGAUGCCCAGGUGAACAGCGAGAUGGGCUACAGCCCCGAGGACGCCGAGAGCCCAGAGGGGACGGCCCGAGGCGUGGGGACCCACCGAGCCCCGCCUUCCGGGCGCCGUCUCUCCACACAGAAGAUGUACGAGCUGAAAACCAAGCUGCGCUGUUCCUACGUGGUGGACCGGGCCAUGCUCAGCUGCCGCCGCUGGUUCGACCGAAAGCACGAGCGGUGCGUGGAGCGCAUCCGGGUCCCGCUGCUCAACCACCUGCUCUGCCUGCCCAUGAAGUUCAAGUUCUUCUGCAGUAUCGCCAGGGCGAUGGAAGUUUGGUGCCGCAGUCGCAUCCCAGUGGAGGGCAACUUCGGGCAGACCUAUGAUUCCCUCAACCAGUCUGUCCGCGACCUGGACGGGGAAUUUUCAGCCACUAUUGACCUCAAGGAAGAGAAGCAGGUGGCGGUGCUGGGCCUCAACACGAGCUGGGAGCACGUGAGCGCGGAGCUGCGGGACCUCGUCCGCCGCCAGGAGGCCCAGCUGGCGUGGACCCUGGGGCUGCUGCGUGUGCUGCUGUCCUGCACCUUCCUGCUCGUCCUGCACGCGUCCUUCUCCUACGUGGACAGCUACAACGGGGACAUCCGCUUUGACAACAUCUACAUCAGCACCUACUUUUGCCAGAUCGACGAACGCAGGAAGAAGUCGGGCAAGCGGACUUUGCUGCCGCUCCGCAGAGCCGAGGAGAAAACCGUCAUCUUCCCCUGCAGUCCCUUCAUGCAGGCCUCGGAGAUGAGAAACGUGGUGAGGGAGCUCGCAGAGACCCUGCCCGUCCUGCUGCUGCUGCUGGUGCUGUGCGGCCUGGACUGGGCUCUCUACUCCGUCUUCAACACCAUCCGCCAUCACUCCUUCCUGCAGUACUCUUUCCGCAGCAGCCAUAAAUUGGAGGUGAAAGUCGGGGGGGACUCCAUGCUGGCCCGGCUUCUUCGGAAAACCAUUGGAGCCCUGAACACGUCCUCAGAGACCACGGUAGACUCCAGCAACAUGCGCUGCCUGCCGCAGCCCGUGAGCCUGAACCCCAGGGCCUACGUGAGCGCCGCGCUCCCCGUGGGCCUGCUGCUGUGUCUGUGCCUUCUGCAAGCCUUCGGCUACCGGCUCCGGAGAGUCAUCGCGGCCUUCUACUUCCCCAAGCGAGAGAAGAAGCGGGUCCUGUUCCUCUACAAUGACCUGCUGAGGAAGAGGGCAGCCUUUACGAAGCUGAGAAGGGCUGCCAUCGUGAGCCGGGCGCAGCGGCAGAGGGCCCCCCGCCACCACCUGGCCGACGUCCUGCACCGCCGCUGCCCGCUCCUGCGCCGCUGGCUGCGCCGGCGCUGCGUGGUGUGCCAGGCUCCCGAGACGCCCGAGGCCUACGUGUGCCCGACGCCGGACUGCGCGGCCGUGUACUGCCGCUCGUGCUGGGACGACAUGCGGCGGCGGUGCCCGGCCUGCACCCCGCGCGAGGAACUCUCUUCCUCCGCCUACAGCGACAGCAACGACGACGCCACCUACGCCGAGUGACGGGGCGCCUGUCGCUGUCCCCCCUCCCCAACCCGCUCCUCCGCGUUUAAUAAAAGCCCCUGUACUCCCGAC